UGAGGUGCGGCCAUGUUUUGAUUGCUGAAAUGGGGAGUUUGACAAAUAUAAGAUAAAAUGCCAAGUUGUAAGCCCAAGACACGUUUUAUACCGGCCACGUGUGCUUGGACGUUACUUCUAGCAUGUACAACACUAUUUUUCGUCUACCCAUGUAUUUCUCUCUUCUACAGUUUGGGCAUCUAUGUCCCCGUGUACCAGGGUGUCGUAACGCUCUUUGUGGUGCUCAAUUUUUCUUUAGCAACAUUCAUGGAUCCUGGAGUUAUACCAAAAGCCUCAACAGACGAAGACCGGGAUGAUGACUUCAGAGCCCCACUAUACAAGAAUGUUGAGAUAAAUGGCAUCACCGUCCGCAUGAAAUGGUGUGUCACCUGCCAUUUUUAUCGGCCCCCUCGUUGCUCACAUUGUUCCGUAUGCAACCAUUGCAUUGAGACAUUUGACCAUCAUUGCCCAUGGGUCAACAAUUGCAUAGGUCGACGGAACUAUCGCUAUUUCUUCAUGUUCCUGUGUUCUCUCAGCAUCCACAUGAUCUCCAUCUUCACAUUUUGCCUCAUCCAUGUACUAGACAGAAAAGAAUAUCUCACAGAGCCCACUACUAUUGUUAGCAUGGUGGUGAUGGCAGUUAUCGCACUUCUCUUAAUCCCUAUUUUGGGCCUCACGGGAUUUCACAUGGUUUUGGUGAGCCGAGGGAGAACCACCAAUGAACAAGUGACGGGCAAGUUCAGAGGUGGCUAUAAUCCAUUCUCUCGAGGAUGCUGUCGAAACUGUUGCUUCAUCCUCUGUGGCCCGCAGUACCCUAGUAUCAAACGGCCAGCCAAAUAUAUAGGAAGAUAUAAGUUCAAACCAUCAUCAAGUCCGCCAGCGCCCGUCUCCACAAUAACAAGUCAAAGUCAAGUUCGUGUCUAUAUGGAUAAUGGUGUACAAGCUCCAAACUCUACUGCCUACAGCCAAGAUACGGCAGGCUUGAUUACUCAGGAUAAUCUGGUGGAGGGGGGAGGGGCCGGAGCUUCAUCGUCUGUUGGUGUGGGUGGAAGUGGGGCAGGAGAAUGUGUUGAAGAUGGCAGCCAACCCCCACCGGGCAUGAGCCAGAGUCAGGACUGCGAACCCACGCCCCCCUUGCCACGUCACCCUUCCAAGACUAACUUCUUCCAGCCUGACGCACCACCACCACACCAUCACCCUGCUUAUCACCAUCAUCAUCACCAUCACCCUUACACUGACUCACCACGCAAGGCCAAUGCAAGUCAGCAGGUUACCAGACCACCGCGAUCGCCACACACAUCGAGACCACGGGGAUUGGAUGGUCGGUCCCGAUCUACCACUCCAGACCCACUUUCUCCAGAGCGUCCCAUCCAAACAUCCCCACCAGCGCCAGGAGGACCCCGCACGGGACCUUCCAGCCCUAGUGGUCAGCAGGUGUACCAGGGUGUUCCGGGCUCUCCAACAUUGCAUCAUCGCAUGAAGCAACUCGGUGGAGUUCCAACGCCUCUCGCCAUGUCCUCGCCUCUACGUCGGUCAAAUCCGAGCACACCCACUCAGCCUCGCCGCCCAGAUUUUAUUGGUAUUGGAAGUGACGGAGGUAGAGGACCACCUCAAUAUUACCCUCAGUACUCUUAUGAACCUCCUCACACUUCACACUCUAAUGGUUCACCCCAGCGACGCUACAUGUCCGAAUCAGAGUUGAUGAGACAACCCUCAGAUCCGAGUGCUUCAUAUCCUCGUACUACUACAAUGUUUGACAAUAUUCAGGAGCUCGCUGGAUCGCCUCAACACGGCCAGUACACCUGGAGGGACCAGUCACCACCACAAUAUUGUCAAGGUGGACCAAAUGAACCCGGAGCAGCUUAUCAGUCCUGUGGAUCACAAGAAUACCGGUCAAAUCCAACCAGUCCAACGCAAACCUGCCCUGCACCUCAUUACUAUCAUCAUAUCCACCCUACCCAAGUAGCUGGUGUUCAUAGUGGACACUACCCACCCACCCAUCAACCCCCAUAUGCUCAUCAUAUGGGACACCAGCCACACCAAGGGUAUCCAUCCCAACAACAAAUGAAUGUUGGGCGUCGUAAUUCUGGUCCAAGUUACAUUGGUCCUCAGUCUCCUCAAAUAAGACGAAAGAAUUACGGUGGUGGUUUAGCAACUCCUCCCACCCCAACAGAAGGAAGCAGACCAAGUCCCGGUCAGAAGCGACCAGUAUCUUUUGUUAGGUCUCUAGACAUGAUGGAUAGCAUAGAAAUGUCUUCACGAGGGCCUCCUCAUCACCCGGGUCCACACGUGGCGCCUCACGACAGCCAUCAUGCAGUAAUGCACAGUCAGCGUGGGCCACACGGUGGAACUCUAAGUCCCACUCAUACUCCCAAGCCCGACCAUCGACUGGCCACCCCUCAAGAUCUUGACCGGCGUUCUGCCUAUGACAUGAAUUACGAGAUCAGUGUGUGAAGAACCUAACCUGCUGCACACACCCAGCAAGUGGGGAGCUUGAGUGUUUUUUAUGUGUUUGUAAGUGUGCAUGUGUGAGUAUCUCACUGACCAUGACAGUUGGGUCAGCAGCAGGGUGAAUGUGUGAAGGUGGUGACAUGACAUUGUGCCAAGUGAAAGCAUCCACCUGGAACAAUUUUAUAGUAAUGGGUGUGAUAAUUGCCUGUUGAUCAGAAAAUUGGGCACUCCUUGCCAAGUGUGCACCUAUGCUAGUCACAAAUAUUUGUUUCCUUUUAAAAGCCAUGACAUUAAAAUGGAGCCUGAAGAGUUGAGCUUGGGGCUCCAUGGACAGUAGAUGAUGCCACUGUGGUAAUGUGGCAUCACAGAUAAUGGCUGCCUUUAUGGUAAUGUUGUUAGCCAAUGAGUUGCCCUCAUCUGUCACCUGCAGUUUCAUUGUUUAUAUAUAUAUAUAUAU